AUGAAUGUUUUAAUGGACUUAUUGCGACAGAAAUCCAAGAAUUCCUUUGCAGAGCAACCGAGGACAGCAAAAGAGCCAUCACUACAGCGUGUGCCACAAGUGCCACAAGAAGAAGCGCAACCACCAGUGGCAAGGGAACCGGAGAGGCAACCAGAGCCACAACAGGCAGAAGCGCCCGCUCAAUUCCAGCCACAACAGCAAGAUGGUCCUUGGCCAACAUGGGCUGUUCGACCGCCUGAACUUCUAGUGCAAGGGACACAAGAAGAAGGCCCUCUGCCUACUGCAGAUCUGGCACCUGAGAUGAACAAGGAGCAAGAGCCAAGACCACCCUCAGCAGAAUGUGGACCUGAAGCUCAACAACAAGCUGGAAUGAUGCCACAAGGUGAACCUCAACAGCAAGUAGCGCCACCCGAUUAUCAACAACCGGCACCACAGGACGAAGCGCAGAGAAAAAAGAAGUGUUAG